AUGAGAGACUUCAGAGUCGAUUCAAUCACAUGUCAUCAAACUGAGUACAAGAUGGGAGAAAAGUGCUGUGCUAUGUGUCCUAUUGGCAAAAGAGUCAAAGCAGACUGUACAGAGUUUGAAAAUACGUCCUGUUCAUCCUGCACAGAUGGGACUUUCAUGGACCAUCCAAACGGACUAAAGAGAUGCACUCCAUGUUCUACCUGUGACUCAGGAGCUGGUCUGAAGGUAAAGCAAGGAUGUAAACUAACUACUGACACAGUUUGUGAACCAAUGGAGGGAUUCUACUGUACAGACUCUCCAUCAAAAGGCUGUGUUGUAGCACAGAAACACAGGAGAUGUGAACCAGGACAGUUCAUCAGCAGGAUGGGAACAGCCUCCACAGACACAGAAUGCUCUGAAUGCAUCAGUGGAUCAUUUUCUAAUGGAACAAUGUUGUCAUGUCAGCCUCACACACAGUGUGAAAAAGAAAACCUUCAGCUGAUAAAAGCAGGAACAGCUUCAACUGAUGCUGAAUGUGGAGAAAAAAGUUCCAACACCACAGGAGUUGUGAUCGGUGUUCUGGUGGUUUUUUUAGUUGCAGCAACGAUUGGCGGUGGUGUUGGUUUCUGGAUAUAUCACAAAAAUACAAAACCAAACAGUUGUACAAACCAACAACAAGGGAGCAAAGUAGUAGGAGGAGGACAAGAGGAAGUCGCUUUGAAUACGGCAGUGCAAGAAACCCCAAACUAAACACCUGGAUGACAAUGACUGAUUGCUGAUACGGGAUACUGGAAGAAGCAAACUGGAUGAUGAGCCAUUGUUUUUACAGUGAUCAGAAAGAGCAGCUACAGUUCUACACUUUGCUUCUUCCAGAGGGUCUGGGCUCCUGGCUGUUGAGAAAUGAUUGAUUUCUGGAGACGUGGACUCUGUUGAAGUUUUCAAUUUUACUUAAUCACUAACAUUUGCGCCAGUUYGAUGCUAAGAAGUUUACUAGAAAUUAUUCUACACUGUAAAAAAAAACAUCCGYCACUGAUAAGAGAGAAGUGCCAAGCUGAASAARGAGGCUGUUAAUGUYAAUUMAAUUCUUGGAAGUGUGACCAACACAGACUGAACAGCUUURUUCACUUCCUCYGCUGCAAAUUGCUAAAACGAGGGGCAGACUGCAAUUCUAAAACARYRAAAAAAUCAGCAUCGUUGUUCGURUCUUYUCUUUCUGUUCUCUAAUUGGUCCAGUUGAAAUUCUACCAGAGACAAUCAAAGUGAAGGGAAGAAAGCCCAGACUGUGCAGUAAGGGAGAUUUAAAUUGAGUGAAAUUUCUGAAGUUUCUGUGACUUUAACCCAGAAUGGAGAUAGAUGAUGUACAACAAAUCAUGUCAACUAAAACUCCGUCACUUUAUGCAGUUUUAUAAGAAACCUAAGUACUCUGAACCUCAUCAGUGCUUUUAUCUGCCAGUUUUGAGAUCACAUUAAUCAACCUCUGAGGCAGCUGCAUUUGUACUGAGAUUAUUUUACAUACAGGGGGAUUCUAUUUACUAAUUAGCAGUAAUCAGGUAACUUUUGAAGGCAACUAAUUGCACUCAGAGAAAAGGGGACUGAAGACUUUUGCACUUUACUUUUGGUUUUGAAAAACUUUUUUUGAAUCAUGUAUAAUUUUCUUUCUACGUCACAGUUGUAUGCCACUUUGUGUAGAUCUUUCACAUUAAAUUCCAAUAAAAUAUAUUUUAUA